UAACAAGAUCCAUUUUGACUACUUUUUAUUGUUUAAAAAUUUUAUUUUUAUUUUAUAUUAUAAGUCCUUUAUAGUCAUUUUACAUAAUCUCUCACAUUAAGAAGCACUUAUAAUAGUUUUACAACCAAACACUCAACUGCUUUUUCUGAAAAGUAUUUAUCUAAAAGCUCCAGCCAGAAACUGCUUCUGCAAAAGCUACAGCAGGGCCAAACUAAGCUAAUAACACCUAACCCAUCUUUUUAUAUUAAAAAAAAUGAUGAUGCCCUCAUUUCAUUAUAACGUCCGUAUAUGGCUAGUUCUUCCUAUAGAGAGAAUCUCCUUCGUAUACGGAUGAACGAAAAGACACGCAAAUGGACACAUCUGCCUAAUCCGACUCAACCUAUACCCGUAUUAAUCAUUAAUAUUAAGAUUUAAAUUUGGGUGAAAAUUUUAUUUUGUACAAUCCGCUUCUUUUGGGUGCGGAUUUUGGGUUAUGCAAUUCCUAGAACUCGAUCCAACCCGUGUUCCAACUAUUGUCAUAAGUUCGUAUCGAAACAUAUUUGUGUCGCAUAUAAGUAUGUUUGUGAGAAAAUUAAGAUGCUUUAUCAUAUUUUUCUCUUGUGGUCUUCCUAACCUAAUGCAUUGUUGGACUUAAAUUUUAGACUUGAUUUAAUAUAAGGUAUGCUUCAUGUAAUAUUCUUAUUUCAAUUUUAUAACAUACUAUGAAUGUGUUCGAUUAUAACAUUUUUAGCUUCUUUGUACUUUUGACAAAUGUUGGUGGAAAAAAAACUAGAAAUAUAUCGAAGCAAAUUGUAUUUCUUUAAAAGCCAAAUAACAUGAUAUUUUCACCUCAAUUUAUUUGUUUGAAAUUUUAUUUAGUUAUAUUAUACUUUUAUGGUAUAAAAUAGUUGCAUUUUUUUUAUAUGUUAGAUUGAAUUUUUAAUUAAAACUAUCGUCCACCUGAUGCAACUCGAUUAUAAACAAAUCGUAAAGUUCUUAUGUACAUGGGUCGGACUCCGGAGACCGGAGGUCCUGAAAAUUUUGCUUGUUUGAUUGCUUGUUUCUUUGUUAGACCGAUGAAACGUCAAAUCAGCAAGAAAGCGACUUUCGCGACCGGCGAAAUUAACACCGUCGAUGAAAACAACGGGUUUACGGGCUCCCGGCCAACUUUUCCUAUCGAACUAUUAAGAGGAUUCAUGCGCCAUUGAUUCAGAUUCACGCAGCAGAGUUUUUUUAAAUUAACCAAAUGGAGCCAGAGGUGUUCUCCAGAGAGAUGGUCCGACCGUCUACCCGAACCCCAGACCACCUCAGAAACCACAGCCUUUCCUUCUUCGACCAGAUGGCACCACCAUUCUACGUCCCUCUUCUCUACCUCUACCCAAACCAUGACGACAACAAUCAUGAUCUCGUCGAGAACAGAGCUCCUCUGCUCAAAUCGUCCCUCUCAAAAGCUCUGUCCACAUACUACCCGCUAGCUGGUAAUCCAUUGACAGUUCAAUGUAACGACGAGGGGGCUCUCUUCCUGCAAGCACGGAUGAUGAGCUCGCCGCUUGCUUCGAUCGUAGAUGACGAGGCUCGUCUUCGCCUCCUGUUCCCUGACGAUCUCGCUUUCAGGAGCACGACCUUGAGCACUCCCUUGGUCGUUCAGAUCACAGGUUUUGAAUGUGGAGGGAUGGCACUAGCCGUUUGCGCGUCACACAAGGUCCUCGACAUGUCCAGCUUCUGCUCCUUCGUCAACCACUGGGCAGCAGCCAGCAGUACUGUCGGUGAUCGAAUCGAACAUAUUCAUGUUCGAUUCGAUCUGGCCGCUUUGUUCCCACCUGUGGACGUAGAGGUGACGAAGACGUUCGACCCUCCGAAUGUCAAAACUGUCUGCAGGCGGUUCGCUUUUGGCGGUUCCAACAUUGGAAAGCUCAAAGCUAUGAUGAUGAGGCACAAAAUCGAGAAUCCUACUAGGGUUGAGGUGGUUCUGGCACUGGUCUGUUCCAGUGCCAUCUCAGCAGGCAGGACCUGUUGCUCAUCAGACAGCAACACGUCCCGACUGGGGUCAACCAUUCUGACGCAAGCUGUAAACUUGCGUUCCAGGUUGACCUCCCCUCCCUCAAUUACAACCAGUUCCAUCGGGAAUUUGUCUUCGAUUUUCGCGAUGUCGAUUGAAGCAGGGGUCGAGAUGGAUUUGGUUUCGUUUGUCAGCACGAUCAGGAGGGUGAAAACCGAGUAUUUCAAAACCUGCAGUGCAAAGUAUUCCAGUGGAGAAGAUUUUCGUUCUUUCAUCGUAGAGAGCACGAAGGUGUUCAGGGAUGCAGGCAGUAGUGAAGAAGUUGUUGCUGCGGAGCCAAGGGUGUACAUAAGCUCCAGCUGGUGCAACUUCCCAGUAUACGAAGCGGAUUUCGGCUGGGGGAAACCAGUUCGGGUGACGACUGCUGCUCAGGAGCUGAAGGAUACGAUUGUGCUGUUGGAUACGGGAGACCGGGAUGGAGUCGAAGCGUUGGUGUGUCUGGAAGAACGAGAGAUGGCUGAGUUUCAACGUGACAAAAUGGUUCUAGCGUUUGCUGACAUGAACCGCCAAGGCGGUCGAUAAGAUUUCUACUAUUCUGGUUUUUAUUCUGUUCAGUGUCUCUGUCACCUUUUGUCAUAAAUAUCAAUUUAUCUAAACAAUUCAAGUUGUUGGAUGAAAUUCAUGUGUGGAUCUUACCUCUUUUUUAUAUAUCACCUCAAACAAAAGCCAAUCAAUGAAUUUAAAAUUUAUACUCAAUCCCUAUACUAUGUGCUUUCAAACAACAAUUAAUAUUGUGAGUUAUAAGAACUUGAACGCGAACAAAUUAGUUCUGACUUAUAUAUCAUACACUAAAUUAUCCUAUAAAAUUUCCAUAAAUGCACUUUAACAAUUCAUUGCACUUUUCACUCUCUCUUUACCAUCUAUAGAGUGGGUUCCAAGUUGUUGCCUACCUAUAAACCAAUUUGAUUUCUAUAUCCCCUAAUUUCUCUAUAGAAACAAUCAUGGGCUUGGGCUUCCAACCCAUAGUCCCUGGGCCUUGCUCUUUUUUAGGUCUAGAGGACUUUCACCUUACGGAUUGGGUCCUCUUCUAAAUACUCCCAAGGAACUGAGUUGAGUUUUAUCUAGCUAUACUCCCAAUUUAGAAAGUUUAACUCGUUAGCUCAUUUUAAAUGAUUUGUAUAUAACUUAGCAUUCAAAUAACUUGUAUGGGUAAAGUAUGGCAAUCGAAUUAUUUUUGCUUAAACAAUACAUUAUAAGUUAUUUUGAUCAAAAUAAUAUUUUAUGCUAAACCAAUUGAUUCCAACUUACAAUAAUUGCAGUAGAAGAAAUAACAAAUAUAUUUCUAGUGGAACAUCUUUGACAAUCACCGGAGAGAUGGUUCACUAAUAGACUGAGGGAUAAGUAAUUCGACUCAUUCACAACCAGAUCAUGAAUGUUUGGAAUCCAUAUUAUGCAAGGAGACAUUGCUUUUGCUAAUUCGAAUUGAAGGGUGAUAUAAAAUCGGUCUAUUUUUCGAUAUCAUAUCCAUAGUUAGCGCGUUCAUCCUAGUUAGAAGCUGGAAGAUGUUUAUAUAUACACUUUAAUACUUUCUUAUCACACUCUUGCACGUCCCUCAAACGAAAACUAACUCAUGGACUUGAAGUUUGCAUAUACCUACAACACAUUAUGCUUAAAUCAACCGUUACAUUGAGGUCAUGAAAAUUCAAACACACAGUCACUAAUCAAACCAAUUCUAAUGC